AUGUAUGUCGACACUUCCAAGCUUGCUACUGUGGCUCUUGCCACCAUCCUCUCUGCCAACUCCGUCCUCAGUGCACCAAUGGCUGGUAGCUCUUCCACCUUGUUGACCCGUGACCCCCGUGGCUCUCACGGCUCGACCUCCCACAAGGUCUCUGACGUUACUGGCGCCAUCUCUGACGGUACUGGUGCGAUCGCCGAUGCCAUGACCCUCCAGGAGUAUCUGAACCAGAAGCGCAGCCCUCGCGGCCACCACUCUGGCUCUGGCAGUUCUACUGGUGAACGGGUCUCGACUUGGACCGGUGCUCUGGGCGACAUUACUGGCAUGGGAGCCGAUGCUGCCACUAUUGCUGAGGCUGCCAACAACCAAAAGCGUUCCCCUCGCGGCCACCACCACUCUGGCUCUGGCAGUUCCACUGGUGAACGGGUCUCGACUUGGACCGGUGCUCUGGGCGACAUUACUGGCAUGGGAGCCGAUGCUGCCACUAUUGCUGAGGCUGCCAACAACCAAAAGCGUUCCCCUCGCGGCCACCACCACUCUGGCUCUGGCAGUUCCACUGGUGAACGGGUCUCGACUUGGACCGGUGCUCUGGGCGACAUUACUGGCAUGGGAGCCGAUGCUGCCACUAUUGCUGAGGCUGCCAACAACCAAAAGCGUUCCCCUCGCGGCCACCACCACUCUGGCUCUGGCAGUUCCACUGGUGAACGGGUCUCGACUUGGACCGGUGCUCUGGGCGACAUUACUGGCAUGGGAGCCGAUGCCGCUACUAUCGCUGAGGCCGCCAACAACCAGAAGCGUUCGCCCAAGGGCCAUGGUUCUAGCCACGGUGGAUCUAGCUCUUCUGAUAAGGCCCUGAAUGGCCUUGACGCCGCCGGUAACAUCGUUGGUAUCGGUGCUGACGCUGCUACCAUCGCCGAGGCCGCCAACAACCAGAAGCGUUCGCCCAAGGGCCAUGGCUCUAGCCACGGUGGAUCUAGCUCUUCUGACAAGGCCCUGAACGGUCUCGAUGCCGCUGGCAACCUCGUCGGCAUCGGUGCUGACGCUGCGACUAUAGCCGAAGCUGCCAACAACCAGAAGCGUGCCCCCAAGGGUCACGGUGGCUCUAGCUCUAGCGACAAGGCCCUCGAUGGACUCGAUGCCACCUCCAACAUUGUUGGCAUUGGUGCUGAUAUCACCACUAUCGCUGAUGCUGCCAACCAGAAGCGCGCCCCCAAGGGCCAUGGCCGUCCCAGCUCUUCCAGUUCUUCCAGUGACAAGGCCCUGAACGGUCUCGAUGCCGCCGGCAACCUGGUUGGUAUUGGAGCCGAUGCCGCCACUAUCGCCGAUGCCGCCAACCAGAAGCGCUCCCCCAAGGGCCACGGUUCCAGCUCUAGCCACGGUGGAUCUAGCUCUUCUGACAAGGCCCUGAAUGGCCUUGACGCCGCUGGCAACCUCGUCGGCAUCGGUGCUGACGCUGCGACUAUCGCCGAAGCCGCCAACCAAAAGCGCUCCCCCAAGGGUCACAGUGGAUCUAGCUCUAGCGACAAGGCCCUCAAUGGACUCGAUGCUACCUCCAACAUUGUUGGCAUUGGUGCCGAUCUCACCACAAUCGCGGACGCCGCCAGCCAGUAG